UUUAUAUAUUAAAAACACUAUUAUUUGAAUCAAAUUACACCAUUUUGUUUUAUUUUAAAAUAAUUAUAUGUAUUAUACUUUGGUAAAAGAUGCAAAGAACUGUAUCAUUUAAAAAAAAUAAAAAUAAUGUUAUUUAUGUUGGAAAUUUACCAAAACAACUCACUGAAGAACAGUUAAAGACAUAUUUUAAUCAAUUUGGAGAUGUCAUUAAAAUUAGACUAUUUAAAUCUAGGAAGACUAAUAGAUCGAGAGGAUAUGCUUUUGUCCAGUUUGAAGACCAUGAAAUCGCAAAGAUCGCAGCUGAAACUAUGGAUAAAUACCUAAUUGACGGUAAAAGCCUUAAGGUUCACGUCAAAGAAGGGGAUCAAAUAGUCAAGCAUCUAUUUAAAAAAGGAAAAAAGGUGUUGGUAAAGGAGAGCAAGGUAAGGUUCUUGAACACGAAAUUGGAGUUGGUGUCGAGAAAUUUUCAGACUAAACUAGAGAAAGUGUUAGAUUCCAUAAUAAACGGAAAUAAAGAUGACUCGAAAAAGGAAAUAAAGUCUUUUAUCAAAAAAUUAAAUGUGAAAAUUGAAAAAUUAAAGGAUAAACAGAAGAGCCUUGGUACAGAUUUGUGUAACAGAGAGAUUGAAGUCUAUUCUAAGGCUCUAUCAGCCUUAAAGAAUCAUUUAAAUUCAUAAUUUAUCUAUCUUUUUA